UUCUUCCCAUUUGGGGGGGGAGGCAAUUGAAGACCUCUUCAUUACAGUAUUGUGACCAUGCUGAGCGGACUGAGUGGUGUGGCACGCCGAUGAUGUUUGGAAUAUAGGAAGAAAACUAAAGAUGGCACUGCAUGCUCCUCAGUGGCAUGAGAAGGCCGGCUGGCCAAAGGAAGAGUUGAGCUGCCUGCUGGUUGGUGAUGGAGCUGUGGGGAAGACGAGCAUGAUCAUCAGCUACAUCUUCAACGGGUACAACAGCGAAUACAAGCAGACGGCGUUCGAUGUGUUUACUGGUUUGGUUCAUGUGAAUGGAGUUCAAACACGACUUAAAUUGAUAGAUACAGCUGGACAGGAUGAGUUUGGCCAUCUUCGCUCUCUAUGCUACGCACACGUGGACGUCUUCAUUCUGUGUUUCAGCCUGGUCAAUCCUGUUUCUUUUGACAACGUGGCUUGCAAAUGGAUCCCGCAGAUCCGUGCAUGGAACUCCAGCUCUCCCAUUCUUCUGGUGGGUACACAGUCUGACCUUUGCCAUGAUGUAAACAUCCUUGUUCAUCUGGCCAGGCGGCGUGCUAGACCGGUGGCAUCGGGCCAGGCCGUGAGCCUGGCACGGAGGAUCCGAGCUUACGGUUACAUGGAGUGUUCGGCUUUGACCCAGCACCACCUCAAAGAGGUGUUUGACUACGCCAUCUUUGCUGCCAUGAAGCACAAGCACAAUGCUGCAAAAAACAAAAGCUCGGUUUGGUGAAAUGCGUUAAGACGUUUUGGCAAUCUGGAUGGAGGCGAAUGUUCAAAUCAAUGUGAGGAAAUUUUGUCGAUUAUGAACAUUUUGGCCUUCUGAUGCAGCUCCUCGUGGGUUAUACUUCUUAGAAUUGUAUGGCUGCCCUGAUUUUCCUGCUCAUGAUUGGCUGAUUUAUGAGCUGGACAAAUCAAAAUGGACAUUAUGAAGCUGCAUACUUCUUUCGUCUUAUUUCCUUGAAUUUCUGUGUUGUUUGUCACUCUCUUUGUCAUUUAUAUUUUUGUAACUGUGUAUUAAAGUGUGUAAUAAAUGCACAAUGGAACAGCAUA